AUGAGUUGCAGCUGCUGGGAUGACUCUAAGAAAGAUGGCCAGAUACUGACCCUCGACCUUGGCAGCAAUCAGCAGGUCGCACAGCUGAAGCUGUACCAAGGAGGCAGCGGCAACGAGUGGGCGGUGAAGCGGGUGAGGUUGCAUUGCCACGAAUCUGUGGCCUUCUCCUCAGCCUUGUCUGAACCUCUUGAGCUAGAUGUGUCAACAGGCGUGACAACCAUCGAUUGCAGCGACCAGGGCUGUACGACAGCUCUUGAUCCAGCGUACUACGAUACCUGCAAGGGCGUCGGCGCCAAGCUGGCCAGUGGCCUUGCAGCAGUCCUUGCUGUGAUGCUGCUGCCGAUCCUCCUUGCUUCAUGGUCUGUUCUGCCCUCUGGUGGUGAUGGCCCGCUAGUGACAUCGACAUCCACGCCGACAAAUGUAGUUUCGGACUCAAACCCGAACAUCUGCAACCCCUUUCGCGGAUAUCGCUACAUCUCCAUAGGGGCUGCCGGAGGGAUUUCUUCUUCGUCCUGCUAUGCCAGCUGGGAUGUGCAUGAGGUCGAGGCCUUCACUAGCAGCGGUCAGCUGACGCUGUCCGCGUCAUCAAUGUCGGGCUCGGAUGAUGGCUACCCACCCAGUAAGGCUGUGGAUGGCGAUUCGGGCAGUUUCUGGGCAGGCGAUCACGACGUCGGCAUGAGUUGCAGCUGCUGGGAUGACUCUAAGAAAGACGGCCAGAUACUGACCCUCGACCUUGGCAGCAAUCAGCAGGUCACACAGCUGAAGCUGUACCAAGGAGGCAACGGCAACGAUUGGGCGGUGAAGCGGGUGAGGUUGCAUUGCCACGAAUCUGUGGCCUUCUCCUCAGCCUUGUCUGAACCUCUUGAGCUAGAAGUGUCAACAGGCGUGACAACCAUCGAUUGCAGCGACCAGGGCUGUACGGCCGACCUGCAGCCGGCCUACUACGACACCUGCGCUGGCACUACGAGCAACAGCGCCCGUGUGGCCGUUGGUGUUGCAGCAGCCUUUUCUGGCGUUCUGCUGCUCUGA